UUAUUCGACAAAUCAACGCGAGGACAACCGAAACCGUUCGGCUCCCUCGCUAUCGCCGCAGUCUUCUCCCGACGUCUCUCACUUCCAGCAAGUCGCCAUCGUUGUCCUCUUCCAGCAAGCCGACGCCAACUCUACUCUUCUCCAAGCCAAUGCAUCUCUUCUCCAGGAGCUCCAAAUGUGAAGUUUUAUAGAAGUUUAGACAUUUCAAAAGGGUUGGGAGUUGAGGAAGGCUGGAGCAGAAUCAGUGGCUGGAAUUUGAUUUGAG